AUGCUUUACCUCGUGGGCUUGGGUCUUUCCGACGAGACAGACAUCACCGUGAAAGGACUCGAGAUCGUCAAGAAGGCAGCGCGGGUCUACCUCGAGGCCUACACAAGUAUCCUCCUGGUAGACCAGUCGGUCCUGGAGAGCUACUAUGGCCGAUCCAUCGUAGUCGCUGAUCGCGAGAUGGUCGAAUCGAAUAGCGACGAGAUCCUCCGCGAUGCCCAGACUGAAGAUGUCGCAUUCUGCGUGGUGGGCGACCCCUUUGGCGCAACCACCCAUACCGACCUUAUCCUUCGCGCUCGCGAGCUCUCCAUACCCGUCCAGGCGGUCCCGAACGCCUCCAUCAUGUCUGGCAUCGGCGCAUCAGGCCUCCAGCUGUACAACUUCGGCCAGACGGUAUCCAUGGUAUUCUUCCUCGACAACUGGCGGCCAGCUUCGUUCUACGACCGCAUCAAAGAGAACCGUGAUAUCGGACUGCACACGCUGGUGCUGCUGGACAUCAAGGUCAAGGAGCAGAGCCUGGAGAACAUGGCCCGAGGGAUCAAGAUCUACGAGCCUCCCCGGUACAUGACGGUGGGACAAUGCGCACAGCAGAUGCUCGAGGUCGAGGAGGACAAGAAGGAGGGUGUGUACGGCCCGGAUAGCCUGGCUAUUGGCGCCGCAAGGGUUGGCGGGCGCACCGAGAAGUUUGUCGCCGGGACCCUGAAGCAGCUUUGCGACGCCGACGAUGUCUUGGGACCGCCGCUUCACAGUCUAGUGUUGCUAGGCAAACGGGCACACGAACUCGAGAGGGACUAUGCACGCGAAUUUGCAUUGGAUAAGGACACGUGGGACAAGGUCUGGGCCGCAAAUUAUGGUAAGCAGUAG